CUAAAUAUUUGAUAAAGUUUUAUGCUAAUACUGCAACCGGCUAUGAAAAACAUGGAGUAUGCAGUUAAGCGUAUAAAAUGGUGUUUGACUAAAAUAAUCCUUUGGUCUAAAGAAUGGUGCUAGUAAUUUUUUGCUGUUGCAAUGAUGACAGAGGGACACAAAAUAAGGGAGUGGGAUCUCUUUUCUCUCAUUAUCUGCACGCUUGCAAGAAAAGCUUCAAGGCCCAGAAAACAUAUCACUCUAGGACUUCACAAAAAACAGUAGUAUGAUUGGCAGUUAUUUUAGAAUACAAAAUAAUCUAAAAAUUGCAGCUGGAGGUGGAACUUUUUGAAGAUCAUAUUGUCCAAAAAAGCAAAAAAAAAUUACUGUCGAGAAGAAGUGUUUUUCUGAAUCUGCCAUGUUGUUAUUCCUCUGGUAAUUAGCUGAGUUUAAGAUACAUAAACAAGGUUCAAAAAUGAAGUUCAUGAAACUUGGAUCAAAACCUGAUACUUUCUACACUACUGAGGCUGUCAGGUCUGUGUCAUCAGAGGUUUCGAGUGAUCUAACAGUUCAAGUGAAAGGAAAUAGAUAUUUACUUCACAAGUUUCCCCUGCUGUCCAAAUGUUUGCGGCUCCAGAGGUUAUGUUCCGAAAGCCCCGAAACCUCACAGCAUCAAGUUGUCCAAAUCCCCGACUUUCCAGGAGGAGUCGAGGCUUUCGAAUUGUGUGCUAAAUUCUGCUAUGGCAUUACAAUCACUCUUAGUGCCUACAACAUUGUAUCGGUUCGAUGUGCAGCAGAAUACCUUCAAAUGACUGAGGAUGUUGAGAAGGGAAAUCUAAUAUAUAAAAUCGAAGUGUUUUUCAAUUCUUUUGUACUUCAUGGGUGGAAGGAUUCGAUUAUUGCGUUACAGAGCACGAAAGCGUUCAGUGUAUGGGCCGAGGAUCUUGGAAUAACAAGCAGAUGCAUUGAGGCGAUUGCUUCUAAAGUUCUUGCACAUCCCUCGAAGGUGAGUUUAUCGCACAGUUACUCAAGAAUGGGUCGAGAUGAUGUAUCGUGCAACGGGUCCGAGAGUCUGAGAUAUAAACCUAUGAUGAAAGGCUGGUGGGCUGAAGAUAUAGCAGAAUUAAGCAUAGAUCUAUAUUGGAGAACAAUGAUAGAGAUCAAAUCUGGUGGAAAAGUCCCUGGAAAUCUCAUUUGUGAAGCGUUGCGUAUUUAUGCAUCCCGUUGGCUACCAAACCUAUCGAAAUACAUUAAUAUCGAGAAAGAGGUAGAAUCUGAU